UUUUCCACUUCGUCUAUUAUAAACUCUCCAGAUAGAGACGAGGAUCGGACAGUGGCCAAGGAGGACACAGACCAGUCUGGCGGAGCAACCGGUGGGUUGAAGGUCUCCGAGAACAAAACAAGAGGAACAGGAAGAACUCAUAACUUAAGCGGAGCGGCGAAGAAACGCUAUGGGUGGCUGCUGAGAAACGGCCACAAACACACUGAAGCGCUAGAAUUGGCAAAAAUCCCAAUAGGGAAGGCACCAUCUAAGCGACAGCGUUCGACGGACACGGAGUCGCCGAACAACAGUCGGUGCAGGAAGGAACCGCAACCGAAAAAGAUCAAGAAUCAGGAUCCUAGACAGACACUGGAAACUGAGCAGCGCCCAACAUUCAACAAAAUAGCCAAGUCGUACUCGAUGGCCAUCUUUCCGGUUGGGCACCCUGCAAAUACCCUCAGCCAUGAACAACUGAAUGCUACUCGAUGCGCGCUGAUCGAUAGCGUCGUGGAGCAGAGCUCAAGCAAUACGAGACCCAAGUUUGGGAAGUGCACCUACAAACAAGGGUAUCUCGAAAUCUUCUGUGUAGACAAAGAUACAGCUAAGUGGCUGAAGGAUGCAACAGCUGUAAUCAAGCCCUGGGAAGGCGCUUCAUUGGAAGCUGUUGAAGCGUCGCAGAUUUCAAAACAAGCGCUUUACAUCGGGUAUUUCCCCGACAGCAUCGACAGGUCCGAUGGGAACAUCCUCCGCCUGGUGCAGAAUCAGAACGACAAUUUCUACACAGAACGCUGAAAGGUCGUGAAGAGAACUACGGUCCUCCAAAUGGUAGAGCUCCUGUUGGUGGUAGAUGAGGCUUCAGUGAAACUGAUAACCUCCCAACACAACCAGGGCCGGCGGAUAGCGUGGGUAGUAUGGGUAAUACUACCCACUCGAAAAUAACCGAGUGGGUAAUUACCCACUCGAAAUUUUGGACAUUUUCGUAAAUUUGAAAUUUGCCACGUAUGUACGUAUCGGGCACACAUUUGAAAAUAUCGAUGCACAACAACUUCAUUUACACAAACACACUGCAAGUGAUUUAAUGUAAAUGUAAUGCAAGCGUGUGUAUUGCGAAAAUGAGACAAAUCCCUAUUCUAUUACCCUCACCUUAUGCUUACUACCCACUCGUGCUAAAAGUGUAACGCCGGCCCUGAACACAACAAGCUGAACUACGUAUUCGGAAUGGCUAGAAUGCGCCAGCUGAAGGGGGGCCCGACCAUCGCCAAACGUGAAAGUUCUAGGCAAGCAUGGUCUGUAAAAGCUCCUAUGGGUGACCCAACACGGAGCACCUCACAACGGACUUGUGGACUGAUCAUAGCAAGCCUGCAGCAACGGUAACGAGUGCAUCGGCGGCAGCCCGUCUUACGAGCAAAACACAAAAGCACUCUACUGUAUGCGGCUCACGAACUGAUACGCAAGGUAGAGAUGGUUGGGUUCGGGUUUUUGGACCCGAAACCCGGACCCGACCCGAACCCGACGGGUUUCGGGUCA